GGCAUUAAUAUUAUUAUUGUUAUAGCCCUUGUUGUUUCCUGAAUAAUUAUGUUUUCAGAUAGUCAGAUUGAUUCUUCUGGAAUAUUAACUCGCAGCGAAUUACUUCAUAAAUUAAAAAAUUCUUUUACUGGAAACACAGGUGUUGAUAAGACUGGGCAGGUAAGACCCCUCACCUUCGGAAUGGUUGGCUACCCGAACGUUGGAAAAAGUUCAACCAUCAAUGCUUUGUUAAAAUGUAAUAAAGUUUCUGUAUCGGCUACGCCCGGAAAAACAAAGCAUUUUCAGACGCACUACUUGGAUAGUGGGCUUCUUUUAAUGGAUUGUCCUGGGCUUGUUUUUCCUAAUUUUGUUUCUACUAAGGCCGAGAUGCUAUGCAGUGGUAUCUUACCUGUCGACCAACUGCGCGAUCCUGUUCCGCCUGCUACCCUGAUCGCCCAACGUAUCCCUAGAAGUGCACUUGAGUCUACUUAUGGGUUGCACAUCGUGAGGCCGUGUGAAGAAGAGGAUCCGGAGAGACCGGCGACGGGCUACGAACUUUUGCACGCUUUUGGAAAUGCGCGGGGAUUUAUGACUUCCCAUGGUCUUCCUGAAGUGCAGAAAUCAGCGCGGAUUCUUAUUAAAGACUACAUUAAGGGAAAACUUCUCUACUGCCACCCGCCGCCGGGCGUUCCCAACGAAGUGUUUAACCCUCAUCUUUUCUCCGCAGUUUCUAGCGGGGAAAAAACUGUUCUUCCGGCAAAUGAAAAUACAGCUCUUCUUUUUUCAACGUCCGGCAGUAUCACGAAAGACAAAUACAAUUAUCAGUCGCUAGCUAAAGCAGCAGGCUUGAUGGGAGACACUCGCUUUUGGGGGAAAAUCAAAGGAAAAACUGAGAUGUUCCCAGUGGAAUCUGAAGUUUUGGAGAGAGAUGAGUUUGGUCGACCUGUUGGCAAACCAUGGCGUUAUCAUAAUAACAAGAAUAAAAGAGGGAAAUUAAGAAGGCUCUACUAUAAAAACACUGCUCUGUAAGAAAUAAAUAAUUAUUCAUGCGUUGCACUGAUAUUGCAUCUU